CCAGAGUGGCCGAGGUAGUCCUGGACAACAAGACCACUUUUACCAAAUGGCUCCUCGAUGGUGACAGAAUAAAUCACGGCAGAAUUCCCGUGCAGCAGAAGGAUCAAGUUAAGUGUCCCCUUCUCGCCUCUUGCGGGCUUUACAAAUCAUCGUCAGAAGCCCUUCCUCUCAGAGAGCAACAGCUAAGCCUGGGGAAGGCUGGGACCCAGCGUGGGCAGUGUUUUUAACGUUAAAAUCCUUGCCUUCUGGAGAAGGCAGAAGGCUUAUGUGGUGAGGGCUAAAGGUUAGGGCCCAGAAACGGGUCUGAGGACAGAGAGAGAGAGAGGGAACCUGGCUCUUGGCCUGCCUUCAGCCGCUGUAUGCCUGCGUUGCUCGGGCUGCAGGGGGAUGGGCUGCAAGACGCUGAACCUCCCCCUCCCCCUUUCCUACCAGCUGUACUCUCUCCACAGCUGCCCAGUGCAGGCCGAGGCAGCAAUUACCAUGGUAACGGGGGAAGCCCAGAGAUCAGAAAUGUAGAGCUUCUGCAGAAGCUUCUUGAAGACACAGAAGAGCCCUCUCAUUCUAAGGCCAUGCAACUAAUUAUGGAAGAAGAUGUCAUUGGAAGGAACUUCUUGUACACAGCAUGCAUGGCUGGGCAAAGCGAAGUGAUUAGAUUAUUGGCAAAAUAUGGUGUGAACCUGAACGAGAAAACGGCUAGAGGUUACACACUCUUACACUGUGCGGCAGCCUGGGGCCGAGUAGAAACUUUGAAAGCGCUGGUGGAUCUGGAAGUCGAUACAGAAGCACUGAACUUCCGUAAUGAAACAGCCCAGGAUGUGGCUCUUCGGUACUCUCAGACAGAGUGUGUUGAUUACCUGGAAUUGGCAGCUGCUCACCUGGCUCUGAAAAAGUCCAUUGCAAAGAUCCAGGCAAUGAUUACAGAUCCAGAGAAAGCACUGGGAAAAAUGCACAAGGAAGACAAGAACUUGCUCAUUAAUGCCUGCCGGGCCAAAAUAGAGUGGCUUGAGCUCCAUCCAGAAACAACUGUAGAAGAGCUUUUUGAACAAAAGCAGCAACUGGAAGACCUUGUAAAUCCUAUUUUGGUGAAAAUGGCCACACCACGUCCAGUGAAAAGUGCCAAAUGAUUCUACCUUCUCACGAAUGUAUAUUUGUAUAAAUAUAUUUUUAAAGAAGCCUUUUUGUUUAACACUCCAAAAGAAAAACCUUCAAGUACUAAUGGAAAAUAAGAUAAAAGUGUUAUUUCUAAAAUUCAAAAUAAAACUUUAGCUCUUUUAUUAUACCCUGGUAGCAUGUUGAUAGCACAGAUUUCUUGAGAUUGCAUCCAUAUCAAAUAAACAGACCAUAUCCCGUUUUUGAUUCUUUUAUAGCAGAGUUCUCGUAUGGGGAAUAGUUGGAUACACUAAAAUGUUUCCAAGGCCACUGAAGUAACAAAACCCUCAAGGAGAAUGGGAAAGCUUGGUUGGAGGCCUCAAACAUGCAGUAAGCAGUUAUUAGACCAUUGGCCAUUUUUCUUUGAGUCUGCUCGCCCUAGUACUAAUAUUGUUUGAUUCCAUAAUACCAGACAGAUAAGACAGGUGGUUUUUCCAUGACUUCACUCCUAGGAAUGCAUACAAAACAAGGUUCCCUGACUGUCUAUUCCAGUCAAGAAUCGUCAGUGGGAACCAUAGAGCAUUUAUACCCAGGACAGUACCCAGGCUUCAUAAAGACAACUUGCUUAUACCUGCAAAGCCUUGAAGAAUGGCAUUGAUUGGUCUAGCAAUGCCAGUGGUUUUUUGUCAUCAUCAUAGCCCAUUGUUAAAUAGCCUAUCUUUAAAUAAUUGAAUACUGGCCCACCAAAGCAGAGAUGCCAGGUGCCAUUUCCUAAACUAACCAUAUUUUUGCGUGAUUUACUGAUGACACUCACACAAUGCUUUAUUGUUUUGCAGUGGAUGCCAACAAGGGUAUAAAUUCAGCACAUUCUUUGGUACAUUGUAUACCGAAGCUGUAUGUAUGUAUGUAUGUAUGUAUGUAUCUCUCUUUCUGUCUAUUGAGAAGUGGUUCCUAACGUGUUCAGUAGACCACAGCUUGGAGAUGGGGGCAAGGCGACUGCCAAUCCAUACAUGCACCAAGCAUCAUCAUUUUGCCAUUACUAUUUUUUUAAUCAAUGGAUACUAAUAAUGCAACUACUAUCAUGUGGGUACAGAGGAAGGAAGCUGGCAGGGUGCAACCUUAUAUUUUUAUGGCUACAUCACACUGAGUAUAAAGUUUAGAAAUCCCUCAGAUGUUUUAUUUACACAGCACAAAAUAUUAAAAAAAAACUUUCAAGAGUGGAUUGAAGACACAUAGAACUUUAGAGCUAGGCAUGAUUAAUCAAUUCACAAGCAUGUGUUAAGCACUUACUAUGUGCUUGGUUCUGGAAAUCCAGAGACAAAAUUGAAGUCUUUGAUCUCAGAAACCAUAUUAAAGUUUGGGAUAGCUAAAGAGAGCUUACCUUAAUAUGUACCCUAUACUUGAGGAGAGUUGAUUUUAUGGGAAGAUAGUUGUUUGCUAGGACACAGAGGGUUCCAGAUGCCCUGCAAACACCCAGUUGUGGUUUAGAGAUAGAAUCCCCUCUAUACCACCUCAUCUAACCCAGGAAUCCUCAAAGAGAUCCCCAGAGUCCUACAGAGAUCCUGGAACAGACAAGCUGAAUCAGGUCAAGGGGAGAACACAGAGGCCAACUCCUAGGUGGAGGCUUCCAGGAAAUUGCAGCACUUCCUGACAGAAGCUUUCUUUAAGCUCUGUGGUUGGCUGCCAGAGCCCAGCUCAAAGAGAAUAAUCUUGUGGUAAUCUAGAUUACUGACCUGAACCAAAUAGAGUUUGAGACUAGUGUAGUCCUAAUGCCUGAACCCAACCCUAGCCUAGAAGAGAAGGCAGCCUUCUGGUGUUCUGCAACAAUGGUGUGAGCCAAGCUUCAGGAGAAAGGCUGUAGCAGAAUCCAGCCCUAACAGACUCAGAAGCCUGUGGCAGGAGCAGCCCCUGAGCCCUGCAAUAAGGGGAAAGAACCUCAGAAGGAGCCUUCAGCAGGGAGAUGUCCCAGAACUCUGUGACUAAAGGGAGCUCCUAGGCAGAGCCCAGCACCAUAGGAGCCCCUGAGAAGGACCUUAGUCUGACCCACUCAACUCGGGAUCAGGCAGGCCCUGACCAUAUCAUGUGUGAAUAUGACUCAAGCACAUGCCACACCAUGCCUAACAAACCAACGAAAACUCUGAACAGCAUGAUGUACAGAGAGAUGCUUGGGGGUAAACCCCUUAGAAGAUAGCAACCCCAUAAGUCCAAGUAAAGCCUUGGAGAAAGAAAAAAUGUCAUAGCCAAAGGGAUUGCAGGAGUACCUGCAGGAAAUGAAAUAAGA